AGCUUGGGCGUAUUAAUAAGGCCACGUUUAGUGAUUUGUUUGGCCAAGUCGCGGAAGUGUUGCACAAACCUUACAAUAACAAACAUGCAGCUGCCACUGCAACUCUUUGUGCUGUUUUGUGGCACCAUUAGCAUAUCACUAGUCCAGUCUCAAGGCUACCCACCAAGACUAAACAUACCCGGUGCUGUGUCCGCUCCAGUGCGUCAGCCUGUCCUUCGGGUACGUCGACCCAUAGCACUGCGCCAGCAGAACACACUUCUGCCAGCUGUCACGCCACGUAUAGCAAUCGAGGAUGCAAAGCCCGUAACCGAAUCGGCUGAGGAUGAGCAGCCUGAUACCUUUUUGCCGAGUCUACUGCGGGAACAGCAACUGGCGCAGGCACAGCAAUCGCAGUUCCAGCAGGCUGCCGCCGCUUUCUUGAACAAUCAGCCUGGUGUGUUGCAGGAGGCACCAACGCCGGUGCAGCAUUUGCUCCAGCAUGAAGAUGCACAGCCAACAGCAAUCCUGCCACCUCCUCCACGCUUUGCUGAGCGUCCGGUGGCUCCUGCUCCUAAUCGUCCGUCUACCUUCAAUGACUUCGGCAUUGGACGCUUCGAAAAUUCGCAGCGUUUUGGUCUCGAUCGCAAUACACCCGUGCGUCAGCAACCACUCCCUGAGCCCACAUUGCCAGCGCAAGCGCCACCGCCACAACGUGUUGCUGUCAUCCGCAACCGCCCCGCCGCUGCAGUGCAUCGCCCUGAGCCGGUGGCAUCAGCUCCCCGUCCACGUCCCAAGCCCAUCCAGCCGCGUCCUAUCAUCGAUCAGAAUCAGCUGCAGGAUGAGCGCUCCGAGCAACAGCAGCGUCGCCAGCGUCCCGUUGCCCAGACAAUACGCAAGUGGCGCGAGGAGAACGAGGACGGCAGCAUCACCUGGGGCUACGAAAAUGACGAUGGUUCUUUCAAAGAGGAAAUCAUUGGCAUCGACUGCAUAACCAAGGGCACCUACGGGUACAUCGAUCCCGAUGGUAACAAACGUGAAUACCACUAUGAGACUGGCAUCAAAUGCGAUCCGAAUGCGCGAGACAAUGAUGAGGAGCUGCAGGAAAACGGUUUCAUCAAUUAUGAGGAGAACAGAGCUGUACUACCCAAUGGCAUAGAAAUCGAUAUGUCACAGUUGGGCAAGAAAAAGUCCAAGCGUCCAAAUAGUGUUUACAGAAAUUAAACUUUAUCCAUUCUAUGCUUC